CAUGUCUUCGAGCAACUACAACGCUGUGUCAAGCCAGGCUGCGAGUGAAAGCACUCCUGCCAUCCCAUUGAUGAUGUCGAGCAUGGGGACGACCUUUGCUCCGAUCACUACUGUAGGAUCAAUUGGCAUGAUCCCAAUCAUGUCAACCCCAACUCCUACGCCGACGACAACAAUGUUCCCAGGCUCGAUAACAACGCCUGGUGGAGCAUUCACACCAUACCCGUCAGCUUGGGCUCAGUUUGCUGCUGACCCGGAAAAUGCUCAGGCUCUACAGGGCUAUCAACAGGUGAUGGCCAUGAUGCAACAGGCAGGUGGCUUCACGCCAUUUGCCUAUCCUGGUAUGACGCCGCCAAUUAUGCCACCUCCGGUGUCGACCCCGUCGACAUUUGUCCCUAGGAUGGUCCCUAUACAUCCGGUGAAUUUGACGGGGACUUUGAAUGAAGCAGCGCCCUCAAAUGUCCAUGAAAUCAAUGAUGCGGAGCAGGAGGCGGCCCGCAGGAAGAAGGGUAAGGCUAUAGCCGAACCCAGCAAGACUCGAGAUUCGGCAUUCAAACGCCUAGGGGGCAAAGAGGAUGGACCCCGCAAGUCUGCCAAGCUACGUCUUGGUCCUGAGAUGGGCCGGACUAGCGCAAUAGAAAGACUUGGCGGGGGUCGUCACGCCCAAUCUCGUCGUUCUAGGGAAUCUGAGACGAUUCCCCAAGACGAGGAGGAAGCAGAAAGCCAGCCGAGGGCGUCGGCAUACACCAGGCUCUCAUGCGAUGAGGAUGACCUGGACAAGAUAGGGAGCGUAGCAAAGAAAUUACGUGCCCUGGAAGAAAAGGUGGAGGAGAAGGCGGGAGCGAAAAAACACACCUUGGCUAAAUCUCCCUUUUCGGCCAGGGUACAUGCACAGAGGUUGAGGCGGAAGAUUAAGCUGGACGUGGAGAAAUUCACAGGAAAGGAGGAUCCAAACGUCCACCUUGACACCUUCCACAAUGCAGCACAGAUGGCCGGGUGCACUGAUACUGAGGAGUGCUUGCUCUUCUUCUCAUCCUUGAGAGGGAGGCCUGUGGAAUGGUUUAACGGCCUUCCCCAUGGCAAGAUUGGAUCCUUUGAGAAACUUGCUGAAGUUUUCCGCAAGAAGUACCAGGACAACUGCAUCAAGAGAAAGAAGUUUACCUACCUUAACACGGUAGGGCAGAGGGAGAAAGAGACCUUGACUCAAUUCUUAACCCGCUGGAGGGAUGAGGUUGACAAGGUAGAAGAAAUGGACGAUAAGACGACCAUGUCUUUGUUGAUGAAUGCCUUCUGGUCAGGUGACCUCUACACUGAAUUCUGUAAGAGGCCGCCCUCCUCUUAUCAUGAAGCCUACAAUACGGCAUGGGAAUAUGCCGAGGCAGAAGUGCUGAACAAGAAUAAGCGGGAGCUGGAGGAAGGUUACACAAAGUCGAAAUCCGACAAGCCGAAGAAAGAUGAGCAGACAGGAGGGUCCAAACUAAAGGUUGUGCUCAAGGAGAUGGCCUUGAAAGGGGAGCUUGGGGAAGGUUACGUGACGGAUGAUUGUCGGUGGCCCGGAAGGCGGGGAUACUGCCUCCCAGCGGAAGAACUGGGCCACGAGUUUGCACGUGGCGGUGGUUUCCCUGGAGUCACAUGGGAAGCAGACAAGGAGGGAACCUAUCACUUUCACAGACAUGGGAGUCAUAAUGACCCUUUGGUUAUUACAAUGGACAUCAAUGGAGCUGAUGUGGCCAGGGUCCUGGUUGACACAGGAAGCAGUGUCAAUGUUCUAUACUUGGAUGCUUUCAAGAAAUUGAAGCUAGACAGGUCCAUGUUGAGACCGUUGCAAACUCCAUUGUCAGGCUUCACUGGAGCUAGCAUAGAAGCGGAAGGUCAGAUCACCUUACCAGUUACCUUGGGGUCGGGUAACAGGACAGUGACCAAACAAAUGAGAUUUGUUGUGGUCGACAUCAAGUGUGUGCAUAAUGCCAUUCUGGGUAGGCCUGGGAUCAACCAGGUAGACAAGGGUGAGGAGAAGGCUAGAAUCGAACCGGAUGCAAACACGGAGGAGAUCCAGAUUGAUUCCUCCAAUCCUGAGAGGAAGGUCAAGAUUGGAGCUGAUCUUCAGGAAGAGCUAAGGACUGAGAUUGUCCAGGUGUUGACCAGGUAUAAAUCAUUAUUUGCCUGGAGUGUUGCUGAUAUGCCCGGGAUUGACCGGUCAGUCAUUUUCCAUCGUCUCUCUGUUCUUGAGGGGUCUAGGCCUAUAAGACAGAAGAAGAGAUUUUUGGCAAGUGAUAGGAGGGACUUUGUGAAGAAAUAGGUCAAGGACCUACUUGAGGUAGGU